UUCACAACAAGAAGAUGUUUCUCAUGAAAGGAAAGGUGAACCACUCUCAGGCCGUCAACAUGACCCCCACACAACCAUGGAUCGUAGUCCAUGAUGAUGGGACAAUUUUAAUGGCCCACUGCACCUGCAAAGCGGGAUUGGGUGAAGAAUGCUCGCAUGCAGCUGCUCUCAUGUAUGCUGUCUUAGCAGCGGUAAAUCUUAAAGAUGGACUGUCCAGUACAGAGAUGCCCUGUGCCUGGGUUCUUCCGAGCAAAACUGGCAAGGUGCAGUACGAAGAAAUCUGCAACAUCUCAUUCAUGAAGAAGAAGACCGUAACAUACUCCCCACUACCCAGCAUUCCUGUCCCUACAGAAGAGGAGUUUAUGGACUUCUACCAAAAGCUGUAUGAAUGUGAUGUUCAGGAAGAAAGUAGUGAGGGGACUGCUAUCUUGUCUGUGAUCGAGGGCCACUCUCACAGAUACAAACCAAAGACCUUUCAACUGAAUUUGCCAGAACCACUUUCUAAAUUAUAUUCAAAGGCAAAGUUGCAUAAUGAUUUGUCGUCCUUACUAGUAGAGAGUGAAAGCAUCUUUGACAAUCUUCAGAUAACAGAGCAACAGAUGGGGACAUGUGAGUGAGCUAACAGCAAGGACACAGUACAUCACAGCAUUGCAAGAUCAUCACAUUGAUUUUCAAGUGCAGACAACAGGCCUAAUCAUCAACAAAUCACUGCCAUGGAUCGGUGCAUCGCCGGAUGGAACUAUUACCUGUGCUUGCCACGGUAGAGGUGUGCUUGAGAUAAAAUGCCCUUUUACUCUUAAAGAUCAGUCUAUUGUCAACAGCUGCAAUGCUGACCCAAACUUCUGUCUAAUGGCAAAGGACAAUGUGAUAGCGCUAAAGCCGAAUCACAAAUAUAUGGCACAAGUCCAAGUACAAAUGCGCAUUGCUGAGGUCCAGUAUGGUGACUUUGUAGUGUGGAGUCCCACUGAAAUGUUUAUUCAGCGCAUUCAGUUUGAUGAAGUGUUCUUCAAUGAGACAUACAGUGGAGUAGAAAAAUUUAUAAAAACUAGGAUUUUGCCAGAACUUCUUGGGAAAUAUUACACAGUACCACGUCCAGUGGUUUCCCCAACCUCAGAGCAACAGCCCCAGUCAGGGUGCUAUUGUGGUGAACCAGCUGGAGAGCCAGAGAAUGUAGUAAUCUGUGCAUCUAAACAGUGCAAAAGAGGGCUCUUCCACAGGUCUUGCUUGCGUUUGACUAGAGUUCCAAAAGUGUGGAAAUGUUAUGAAUGCAGGAAAAUCCAGAAUAAAUGAAACACUGUAUUAGGUAAGAUUCCCCGUUGUGUUGGCUAUACACACACACACACACACACACACA